AUGAGCAUGUUUUCUCGACUGCGAAACCGAACUCUCCGAUGGUGGUAUGACGUUCCUUUGCCAGCAUGCAUGGCUGAUGCGUCUCCAAUCUUCCAACCAUGGUAUAGAUUCGAUUCAUCAGUCAACAAGUGGGUUGCUUUUAAUUCCACCUCUGGACUAACUGGCACAGGAUAUAAUCCCAGUAAUGGUGGGAAGUUCGUCCUGGUUACAUGGAAUGUUGAUGCCACCUCGCCCGCCCCCGAGGCUCGGAUAUCUGCCCUCAUCUCGCACAUUCAGAGCUUAGUUACUCCAGCUGACAUCAUUUUCCUCCAAGAAGUAUCACGAUCUGCUUUGCUGGCUCUAUUAGAAAUGCCUUGGCUUCGUGGACACUGGUACUCGAGUGAAGCAGACACAACCAAUUGGGGAAAACAGUCCUUUACAAGCAUAACACUUGUGUCAAGAUCACGGUUGACUGAUCCACAAAACGCCGCUCUUGGCCCAAUCUGGCGAGUCAAAUAUCCCAGCCGCUUUGAAAGGGAUGCACUUUGUUGUGACAUCCUCUUACCUUCCCAUGGACCAGCAAAAAAUCCCCUCCGCGUUCGUCUGGCCAAUGUUCAUUUGGACUCUCUGCCAAUCAAUCCUUCUCUCCGCCCUCGCCAGCUCUCCAUUAUCACUUCUUACCUCCGUGCUACCGGUCAUGGUCUGGUGGCUGGCGAUUUCAAUCCUGUCCUUCCUGAUGAUGAUAUACUUGUUAGUGCGAAUGGCCUACUGGACGUGUGGAAUGAGCUAUAUCCAAGCGAAGCCGGAUUUACUUGGGGGGCUGAUGGCGAUCAGCCAUUCCCGCCCAACCGACUUGAUAAAGUGGCAGUGGUUGGACUGAAGCCAUGCGGUAUCAAAAUAAUAGCACCAGGUGACAUUGGGCAGGCUGGCACAUCAAAAUUGAGACAAGAGGAAGAAGAUCAGAAGCAUGAUCAUAACUCGUUGCUAAAGUGGAGUGAUCAUUCAGGCCUCGUGUGCUCCUUUGCAUUAUAG